CUUUACUGGUUUGCCUAAAUCGAGUUUGCGAUCACGUCUAUUAUCAAAAAUAUUUUUAUCGUUGAACAUUAUUUUUCCUCGUGAGUUUAUAAUUGUUAUAGUGAACUCAGGCGGUUCAUUGUUUUAUCGGUACUUAUUCUUAAACGUCUUGAGUGAUCAUUUCGAGUUUUCGUUAACUUACGCGUGGAAAGCAAUCUACUGUACGUUUGGAGUGGACGUCAUCGGACAACGAGAAAAUGUACAAACUACCUAGCCUAGUGAAAACGGCGUACUACGCGUGCAACGACUUCGAACGUAACAGGUUUGACUUGCUGCACACGCCGGAUAUCGAUAUGCGAAAUUGUUGCCAGUCGCUGUUAGAAUUAUUCAAAGUCGACAAAGACCAAGACGGGCGCAACGAUAGGCAGACAAUGUUCAGGCGGUCUCAGUUCGCCAUCAAUGACGAUAUGUUUAAACACAUAUGCGAGAAGGCAGCGUUCAACGGGCACAUCGAUUGCCUGAAACUAGCACACGAGAUUGGCGUCCAUUGGGACACCGUGCCUGGAUUGGCCAAUUUCAGAGGCAAGGCGUGUGAUCUGGCUGCGAAAUCAGGCAAUCUGGAAUGUCUAAGGUACGCUUUUGAGAACGGGUGUCCAUUUGAUGAGGAUACAUGCAGCAACGCCGCGUUGAACGGUCAUCUGGAGUGCCUGACUUUCACACGGGAAAACCAUUGCCCUUGGGACGAGGAUACGUGCAGCAGCGCCGCAUUGAACGGUCAUCUGGAGUGCCUCACUUACGCACGGGAAAACGGAUGUCCCUGGGACGAGAAUACGUGCUGCAACGCAGCGACAAACGGUCACCUGGAGUGCCUGACUUACGCACGGGAAACCCAUUGUCCUUGGGACGAGGAUACGUGCAGCAGCGCCGCGUUGAACGGUCAUCUGGAGUGCCUCACUUACGCACGGAAAAACGGAUGUCCCUGGGACGAGAGUACGUGCAGCAACGCAGCAACGAACGGUCACCUGCAGUGCCUAGCUUACGCCUUUGAGAACAGGUGUCCCUGGGACGAGGAUACGUGCAGCAGCGCCGCGUUGAAAGGUCACCUGCAGUGCCUAGCUUACGCCUUUGAGAACGGGUGUCCCUGGGACGAGGAUACGUGCAGCAGAGCCGCGUUGAACGGUCACCUGCAGUGCCUAGCUUACGCUUUUGAGAACAGGUGUCCCUGGGAUGAGGUUACGUGCAGCAGCGCCACGUUGAACGGUCAUCUGAAGUGCCUAGCUUACGCUUUUGAGAACGGGUGUCCCUGGGAUGAGGUUUCGUGCAGCAGCGCCACGUUGAACGGUCAUCUGAAGUGCCUAGCUUACGCUUUUGAGAACGGGUGUCCCUGGGACGAGGUUACGUGCGGCACUGCAGCGAUGAACGGUCACCUGGACUGUCUGGUAUACGCACGGGAAAACAGGUGCCCUUGGGACCAGCAUACGUGCAGCGUCGCUGCGUUAAAUGGUCACCUGCAAUGCAUAGCUUACGCCUUUGAGAAUGGGUGUCCCUGGGACGAGGAUACGUGCAGCAGCGCCGCGUUAAACGGUCACCUGGAGUGCCUGACUUACGCAUGGGAAAACCAUUGCCCUUGGGACGAGGAUACGUGCAGCAGUGCCGCGUUGAACUGUCAUCUGGAGUGCCUCACUUAUGCACGGGAAAACGGAUGUCCCUGGGACGAGAAUACGUGCAGCAGCGCUGCGUUGAAAGGUCACCUGCAGUGCCUAGCUUACGCCUUUGAGAACGGGUGUCCCUGGGACGAGAAUACGUGCAGCAACGCAGCGACGAACGGUCACCUGCAGUGCCUAGCUUAUGCCAUUGAGAACGGGUGUCCCUGGGACGAGGAUACGUGCAGCAGAGCCGCGUUGAACGGUCACCUGCAAUGCCUUGCUUACGCCUUUGAGAACGGGUGUCCCUGGGACGAGGAUACGUGCAGUAACGCAGCGAUGAACGGUCACUUGGAGUGCCUGACUUACGCACGAGAAAACCAUUGCCCUUGGGACGAGGAUACAUGCAGCAGCGCUGCGUUGAACGGUCAUCUGGAGUGCCUCACUUACGCACGGGAAAAUGGAUGUCCCUGGGACGAGAAUACGUGCAGCAACGCAGCGACGAACGGUCACCUAGAGUGCCUGACUUAUGCACGAGAAAACAAUUGCCCUUGGGACGAGGAUACGUGCAGCAGCGCCGCGUUCAACGGUCAUCUGGAGUGCCUGACUUACGCACGGGAAAACCAUUGCCCUUGGGACGAGGAUACGUGCAGCAGUUCCGCGUUGAACGGUCAUCUGGAGUGCCUCACUUACGCACGGGAAAAUGGAUGUCCCUGGGACGAGAAUACGUGCAGCAACGCAGCGACGAACGGUCACCUAGAGUGCCUGACUUAUGCACGAGAAAACCAUUGCCCUUGGGACGAGGAUACGUGCAGCAGCGCCGCGUUGAACGGUCAUCUGGAGUGCCUCACUUACGCACGGGAAAACGGAUGUCCCUGGGACGAGAGUACGUGCAGCAACGCAUCAACGAACGGUCACCUGGAGUGCCUGACUUACGCAUGGGAAAACCAUUGCCCUUGGGACGAUGAUACGUGCAGCAGUGCCGCGUUGAACGGUCAUCUGGAGUGCCUCACUUACGCACGGGAAAACGGAUGUCCCUGGGACGAGAAUACGUGCAGCAACGCAGCAACGAACGGUCACCUGGAGUGCCUGACUUACGCACGGGAAAACCAUUGCGCUUGGGACGAUGUUACGUGCAGCAGCGCCGCGUUGAACGGUCACCUUCAGUGCCUAGCUUACGCCUUUGAGAACGGGUGUUCCUGGGACGAGGAUACGUGCAGCAGAGCCGCGUUGAACGGUCACCUUCAGUGCCUAGCUUACGCUUUUGAGAACGGGUGUCCCUGGGACGAGGAUACGUGCAGCAGCGCCGCGUUGAACGGUCAUCUGAAGUGCCUAGCAUACGCCUUUGAGAACGGGUGUCCCUGGGACGAGGUUACGUGCAGCAGCGCCGCGGAGAACGGUCACCUGGAGUGCCUGGUGUACGCACGGGAAAACGGGUGCCUGUGGAACUCGCUAACGUGCAACUUCGCAGCGUACGGUGAAUAGUUUGACUGUCUGGGACGUUGGAGAUUUCUCGAACGAUGAUCUAACUCGAAAUGCGCUGAAUACGCCAGUGAAAUAUGUCCCCGA